AUGUCUUUGGGAAAAGGGUUCUAUGAAUUUACUUUCUCAUUGAUAGAAGACGUUAAAAGAGUUCGAUCAGUUGCUUCGUGGAACCUAAAUCCUGGUCUUCUCAAGCUUUUCGCCUGGACCAAAGAUUUCAACCCUAGCACGCAACAACAAUCUUCAGCUCAGGUGUGGGUUAGAUUCUACGCAUUAUCUCAAGAGUAUUGGCACCCAAAAAUUCUUUUUGCUAUUGCAAGAAGUAUAGGCUCACCAAUCUGCACAGAUGCUGUGACUAACAAGGCAAUGAUUGAUAGAACAUUUGGCCAUUUUGUUAGGGUAUUGGUCGACCUUGAUCUCUCUCAGGAAUUGCGAUACAAAGUGCUAGUAGAAAGGAAGGGUUUUGCCUUCUUUGUGGAUCUAGAUUAUGAAAACAUGCCUGAUUUUUGUAAUUCCGACAAAAUUGUUGGUCACCGUGUUGGAACUGAGAAGGGAAAAGAUGCUUGGAAAGAGAAAAAUCGAGUAGUUGUAGAAUUAGAUGAAUCUCCUUCCAGUAGUAAGAAUCAUGUUGGAGGUGAUGAUGCUCACGCCGCUCAUACUCUGGAGAAUGGUUUAGCUGUGAAUGAGCAAUCUAAUGCAAAUUCAUAG